AUGGCUGGUUUAGUUCUAAACAAUGGACAAGAUCCUCAGAAUAAUAAUAAUCCACCACCCCCACCACCACCAAGGCGCAUGAGAGAUUAUACUACUCCUACAGAUUACACCGCGCCUACUUGUCUCGUCUUAGCACCCAUAACUCAGCAGUUCGAGAUUCGACCAGCAACUAUUCAACUCUUGCCAACAUACUAUGGGAAAGAGAAUGAGAAUCCAUACAAGCAUGUCAAGGAGUUCUUCAAUUUAUGCUCAACAUUUAAUUAUACGGAAGUUAACAUAGAGCAAAUUAGACUUCGACUAUUUCCAUUCUCUCUAAAGGAUAAGGCGAAGGAUUGGUUUGACUCUCUUCCUGAAGCAUCAAUAAAUUCAUGGGCAGAUCUUUCAUCAAAGUUCAUUGCAAAAUUCUUCCCUGCAAGAAAGACAAGUGCUCUACUGACAACUAUUAUUACUUUCACUCAACCUGAGGAUGAACCUUUUCAUGAAAGUUGGGAGCGUUACAAGGAGUUAUUUCGUCAAUGCCCUCACCAUGGUUUUCAAGAUUACCAAAAGGUUGAGUACUUUUAUAGAGGACUAAAUCCUCAGACCAGGGGGAUGGUCGAUGCCACAGUAGGUGGAAGUUUGAUGAAUAAAACUCCAGAGGAAUCUAUUCAGGCUUUUGAGACUAUUUGUGAGAACUCUCAGCAUUGGGAUUACAGUGUAAGAGAUCCUAGGGCAUUGAAUUCUUCAUCAACAAAACGAGGAGGCAUGUAUGCAGUUCAAACAAGGUCAGGUUUGGAGGAGCAAGUAGCAGCAUUAACUAAGUUAUUGACACCAUUGGUGAGUAAGGUGGCAAGACAAGUCUGUGCUCUGUGUUCUAGUGAUGCCCAUGAGACUGAGAUGUGCCCAACAAAUCCUAUGAUAGAUGAGGUGCAGCAAGUUAAUGCAUUUAAUGGGAGACCUCGGAAUGAUCCCUAUUCAAAUACUUACAAUCCGGGUUGGAAACAACACCCAAACUUCUCAUGGAGCAAUAAUCAAGGAGCUGGAAUCUCUCAACCACAACAAAGACAAUAUCAGCAAGCUUAUCAACCACCCCAUGUGCAACAAGAAGACCCUUCCAUUAAAGAUAUGUUGGCUCAAAUAUUGAAGAGAACAGAAAAGUAUGAUUAUGAAGUUGCAACGUUGAAACAAAGCCAAUCAAACUUGGAAAAGAGUCAACAAAAGCUUGAAGUUCAGGUGGGACAGAUAGCUACUAUUUUAAAUAGAAUGGAGAGAGGACAAGGCCAAUUUCCAAGUCAAACUGAGGUUAAUCCAAGAGGUCAAGAGCAUGCCAAGGCUAUUACCAUAUUGAGAAGUGGAAAAGCAAUUGAUAACAUGGUAGUAAUGCCUGGAGAAGUUGAAAAUUCAACAAAGGAGGCCCUGAACCAAGAUGACCAGGUCUUAAGGUCUGAUUCCAGAAGUACUUUGUCACCUUUAGACAACAUUGAAGAGACCAAAGAAGGUGCCAAACUCGUGGGUGGGGACUGCCUAGCAGAAAAAGUACCAAAAACUAAUGAUUUUGCAUCUCCAAAGGCUACAAAGACCUUAGAGGGGCCAGCCUCCAAGGAGAACGUCUUCAACCCUCCCUUACCUUUCCCACAGCGUGCAAGACAAGAAAAAAGGGAUAAAUAUAUGGGAGACAUUCUGGAGCAGUUCAAGAAGGUGCAAAUUAACAUUCCGCUGCUAGAUGCCAUCAAACAGAUUCCUUCUUAUGCAAAAUUUUUAAAAGAGCUCUGUACUAAUAAAAGGAGGUUUGAAAAGGAUGAAAAAGUGAUGUUGUCAGAAGAAGUGAGUGCUGUGCUUCAAAGAAAAUUGCCACCAAAGCUUAAGGACCCUGGCAGCUUUACAAUCCCAUGUACCAUUGGAGAGAAAAACUUUGAGAAAGUCUUACUUGAUCUUGGGGCAAGUGUGAAUCUAAUGCCCUAUUCGGUUUACAAAACUCUUGGUGUUGGACCCUUGCAGAACAUAAAUAUCUCCCUACAAUUUGCAGAUCGUUCUGUAAAGUAUCCCAGAGGCAUAGUGGAGGACGUGCUAGUCAAAGUUGCAGAUUUUAUUCUGCCAGCAGAUUUUAUUGUUUUGGACAUGGAAGAUACAGAGAUCAGAGGCAAAGCUCUUCCCCUCAUUAUGGGGCGUCCCUUCAUGGCUACUGCAGGUACAAAAAUUGAUGUUAAAGAAGGGUUGUUGACUAUGACAGUGCAUGAUAUUACAAUUUCAUGGAAAAUUUUUGAAGCCUUGAAGAAACCUGCAGAUCGUUAUGAUUGUUUUAGUGUGGACAUGGUGCAACACCUUGUGAAGCAAUCUUUCAUUGAAACAAGCAGGGGAAUGAAGUUUGAAAAUAAUAAAGUGUUGGAGGCACAAGAAACACUAAAUGCUGCUGGUACAUAUCCACCUAGAUGGUCUCCAAAAUUUGAACGUUUGCAACACUCUGAGACCAAACUUGUCCCUUCUAUUGUAAAGCCUCCUACACUCGAAUUGAAACCUCUUCCAGAAACUUUGAAGUAUGCAUAUCUUGGUGAUUUAGAAACUCUUCCAGUGAUUAUUGCUUCAGACUUGAGUAGUUCAGAGGAGGAGAAAUUACUUAGAGUUUUAAGGGAGCAUAAAACAGCUUUGGGAUGGACAAUUGCAGACAUUAAGGGGUUAAGUCCUUCCAUAUGCAUGCAUAGAAUAUUCUUAGAAGAUGCAGCUAAACCUACUAGAGAUCCUCAAAGACGCCUUAACCCACACAUGAAAGAAGUGGUUCGUGCAGAGGUGUUGAAAUUGCUUGAUGUUGGAGUUAUUUAUCCUAUUUCAGAUAGCGAAUGGGUGAGUCCAGUGCAGGUGGUGCCUAAAAAGUCCGGAAUUACAGUGGUAAAAAAUGAAGAGAAUGAGCUCAUACCUCAAAGGACAGUCACAGGUUGGAGGGUAUGUAUUGACUACAGGAAGUUAAAUAGUGCAACUCGAAAAGAUCACUUUCCUCUACCUUUCAUUGAUCAGAUGUUGGAGCGACUUGCAGGCCAUAGUCACUACUGUUUCUUGGAUGGGUAUUCAGGUUAUAAUCAAAUUCCAAUAGCUCCAGAAGAUCAGGAAAAGACUACAUUUACAUGUCCUUUUGGAACCUUCGCAUAUCGUCGAAUGCCUUUCGGAUUAUGCAACGCUCCAGCAACCUUCCAAAGAUGCAUGAUGAGUGUCUUCUCCGACAUGGUGGAAAGAAUAAUAGAGGUAUUUAUGGACGAUUUCUCAGUCUUUGGUUCAUCUUUUGAUGAAUGUCUCUACCAUCUUUCCUUAGUGCUUCAACGGUGUCAAGAAACCAAUUUAGUUUUAAAUUGGGAAAAAUGCCACUUCAUGGUGAAGAAGGGCAUUGUACUUGGGCAUAUAAUAUCAGCAAAGGGUAUUGAAGUUGAUAGAGCUAAGGUGGAAUUAAUUUCGAAGCUUCCUCCUCCGUCUACAGUUAAAGAAGUUCGGUCAUUUUUAGGGCAUGCUGGCUUUUACAGGAGAUUCAUCCCUAAUUUCUCAAAAAUCACUAAACCAUUAUGUGAUUUGUUGGCUAAAGAUGCUGUGUUUGAGUUCAAUGAAGAGUGCUUGAAGGCUUUUCAAACUCUCAAAAAGGAAUUAACACAUGCACCUAUCAUUCGGGCACCGGAUUGGGAUCUUCCUUUCGAAAUUAUGUGUGAUGCUUCUGACUACGCUUUGGGAGCUGUUUUGGGGCAGCGAGUUAAUAAGCUUCCUCAUGUUAUAUACUAUGCAAGUAGGACCUUGAACGAUGCUCAAUUAAACUACUCUACAACAGAGAAAGAAUUGCUUGCGGUGGUUUUCGCAUUGGAGAAGUUUAGGAGUUAUUUGAUUGGCUCUAAGGUGACAAUAUUCUCUGAUCAUGCAGCCCUUAGAUACUUAUUAACGAAGAAAGAUGCAAAGCCAAGAUUGAUAAGAUGGAUCCUACUCUUGCAAGAAUUUGAUCUUGAGAUUAAGGACAAAAAAGGGACCGAAAAUGUAGUUGCUGAUCACCUUUCCAGAUUGAUCAAGGAAGAUGUUGGCGAUGGUGUGACUCCAAUUAAUGAAUAUUUUCCUGAUGAGCAGCUCUUCGUUGUUGACAACCUUCCUUGGUAUGCUGACAUAGUAAACUACUUGGUGAGCAAGUUUCUACCGGCAGAUUUAAACAAGCAACAGAAGAAGCACUUUCUCUCUACAGUGAAGCACUACUUUUGGGAUGAUCCGUACCUAUUUAAGUAUUGCUCUGAUCAAAUAAUUCGCAGGUGUGUCUCUCAUGAAGAAACUCAAAGUAUUCUCACCUUUUGUCAUACAUAUGCAUGUGGAGGACAUUUUGGAGCCAAGAAAACUGCUCUCAAGGUAUUGCAAAGUGGAUUUUAUUGGCCAUCACUUUUCAAGGAUGCAUAUACCUUUGUUACAACCUGUGAUAGGUGCCAAAGAAUGGGGAAUAUCUCCUCAAAGUCGCAGAUGCCAUUGACAAAUAUUUUGGAGGUCGAAUUAUUCGACGUUUGGGGAAUCGACUUCAUGGGUCCAUUCCCUAUGUCUCAUGGCUUUCUCUACAUUAUUGUUGCUGUGGAUUACGUCUCUAAAUGGGUAGAGGCACUGCCUACAAGGACCAAUGAUCAUAAUGUUGUUCUGAGUUUCUUAAAGGAGCAUAUUUUCACUCGUUUUGGCACACCGCGAGCUAUUAUCAGCGACGGAGGUUCCCACUUCAUUAACAAGUCUUUUGCAGCUCUCAUGAAGAAGUAUAACAUUACUCAUAAAGUCUCUACUCCCUACCAUCCCCAAACAAAUGGGCAAGUCGAAGUUUCGAAUAGGGAGAUUAAACAUAUUCUUGAGAAAACAGUGAGUCAAAACCGUAAAGAUUGGUCAUUAAAGGUGAGUGAUGCGUGUUGGGCAUAUAGAACAGCCUUUAAAACUCCAUUAGGUAUGUCUCCUUAUAGACUUGUCUUUGGAAAGGCUUGUCAUCUUCCUGUGGAGUUGGAGCAUCAAGCCUAUUGGGCAUUAAAGAAGUUGAAUUUUGGCAUUCAUGAAGCAGGAACUUUAAGGAAGCUUCAAUUAAAUGAGUUGGAUGAAUUACGGAAUGAAGCUUAUGAGAAUGCAAGAAUUUAUAAGGAGAAGACAAAGAUAGCUCAUGACAAAGCUCUGAAGCCCAAGCAUUUGGUACCAAAUACAAAGGUGUUGUUGUAUAACUCCAGGCUUCGUUUGUUUCCUGGCAAACUGAGAUCAAGGUGGACUGGACCGUAUCUACUCUUGCAAGUUUUUUCUCAUGGAGCAGUAGAGCUUCAAGACUUGAAAAAUGGUACAAAAUUCAAGGUGAAUGGUCAUCGAGUUAAACCUUAUUUAGAGUCAUUCAGUGGUGAAGAAAAGGAGGUGUUAUACCUUAAUGAUGCUUCACAUACUUGAUCCUUGCCAAGUCCGGCUGAAGACUUAAAACUUAGCGCUUAUGGGAGGCAACCCAUGUUUUUGGAGGAUGAAGUGGUGAUGCACAGCAACUCAGUGAAAGAGAGUACUGAAUCUGCUAACUUGCAGCAGAAAUGUCCGUUUUUGACAUGUAAUAUGUCGAUUUUAUGUGAUUUGACGAGAGCUACAAGACUCAUUGCUUUGCAAUGAGCCCCGGCAAAUUUUGGCCAAAUAACUCUGUCUUCAGUGUCCGAUCCGGGAGUCAAACUGCAACAAUUAUGGAGAUUUCUACUUUGAGCAUGUCUUGGCCUUUCUUCCUCUUCGUCUACAUCCAGGGAGCUCUAAACUCUUUCUUUUCUUUUCUUUACUUUUUGUGUUUUUUUUUCCCUUAGUUGUUUGAUGCAUUAUUGCUAGCUAAUAUUUUCAACAUUGAGGACAAUGUCUCACUUAAGUUUGGGGGAGGAAUUUAGAUUCUUGUUAAUUUUUAUAUUUUAGCUUCACAUGUGGUAGAAUAGCUUAAUUAGUAGAAAAUACUGGAAAUCACCUCUAAAAAAAAAAUGUGUUCUGUACGUUUAGUUGUUAUUUUGUGAGUCUUUUGCUUUAGUUUCUUCCAACACCUAGGAUGAGAACUUGAAUUUAAUCCUUGUUAGAGCUGAUGAAUAUGAUAAGCAUCAAUUUAGGUCUGGACAUCAAUAUUUUGUUAAUGCUUUCUUAUGAUGAUCAUGCUUGAAACACAACAGCCAUUGUUAAUAUGAAAAUUUGUGAUCUGGAGAAGCAUGUGACGGUUAGUGUAGACUUGUAUAACCUAUGUGAGUAUUGAGCCUAUUGCCUAUUCUUGAGAGUGCUUUACAUAGUUCUAUGAUCUUUCUUGUUAGAUAGGUAUGAUCUCAUUAUUUUGUCCUAGAACUUGCUUCAAUGACUCUCGAGACUUUAUAUUGAUUCACAUGAUUUUUGGGAAGGGAUUAAGGCAAUUAGGAUCAUCACCACCAUGGCCAAAUAGCCUCCAUUCCUGAUUAUAUUAUCCCUUAGAUAUAUAUCCCUUUGAGCCAAAAUAAGCCUUUUCUUUCAUAAAACACAUAUUCCCAACCCUUCACCCUUAAACACAUAUCUUACCUAUGUUCUGAGAAAUUGAUGGAGCACUAUGAAGAUGCAUAUGAGGAACUUUGGAGUAAAGAAUGUGUACUGAAGAAAACAAGUUUGGGGGUUGUGAUGUGUACUUGAAGGCAAAGUGGAAUUUGCAGGUCAUACUUCUAAAUUUCAGUUAAGGAAUUACCAUUGUCAAAGUAAUUUUGAAUGCAAAGGUGUGUCUGAAUAGUGACAACAAGAAAAAAAAAAAAAAUUGGACACACAUUGGUUAUUGUUUCGAAGGAAAUUGCUAUUGUCAAAAGCAUGAACUUGUAGAAGCAGCUUGGGAUGGGAUGUCUCAGAGCAAAACAGAGCUAUUGAAAAAAAAAACAAUUUUGACGCUACAAAGGAAAAGCUCUGAAAGAAGGUUGCCAAUUAAGCUUGGAAUAUGAAAGCAAGAACGAAAGCUGCUUUGGGAUUGUGUCAGAAAGAAAAAGAGAAAAGAAUGAGGCUGUGUGUUAGGAACAGAGGAGUAAGUUGACGUGAAACCAACUACCAAGAAACAAGAAUUGAAACUUGGAGUUUAUGGUGCAGAUUUUGUCUUCAUUGUUCUAUGGUUAGAAAGCAGAUGAAAAAAAAAAAA